AUGGCUCUAUCCCGAGAAGACCGACUCAAACUGGGCGUCAUUGACCCCGAGCUCGCAGAGUUCCUGAAGACGGCCAACUUCCCUCAAAUUUCAGAAACCGCAGAUACCCAAAGAGUAAUUGCCGGUCUGCGCAUGUACAUGAAAAGCCAGCACAAGCCAGCAGACCCCAGUACUACAGGCGUGACCGAGCGCGACAUUUUCUUCCAUGCGCGAGACGGCUUCCAACUACGUGCGCGCGUGUUUGAGCCUGUGGAAAAGACACAGCCGCCAUCAGCAACAAAGACAGAGAAGCCUCCGCUGGUGGUCUACUACCAUGGCGGUGGAUGGACAAUCGGAUCCCCAGAGGACACAUCCACGUCCUGCCGACGCAUCGCAAAGAAUCUAGGCGUCGUCUGCAUCGCGCCUGGAUAUCGCCAGGGCCCCGAGGACCCGUUCCCGGCCAGCAUCAACGAUGCAUGGGACGCGCUGCAAUGGAUCGCGUCGCCGGAGACAGAAACAGAACUCUCAGUCUCGCUCGCGGCCGGGUUCGUCAUUGGCGGUUCGUCUGCUGGUGGUUCGAUGUCUGCGAUUCUCACGCAUCUGGCACGCGACCAGGGACUUGGGCCUGCCAUCACGGGCUCGUUCUUGCUCGCGCCUAUGAUUCUUCCGCCUGAGACCGAGGCUGUGCUUCCGGAUGCUUAUCGAGAGGCAUAUCUAUCUCGUACACAGGAAGAAUGUCAGAAGGAUCCGGUGCUCUCGCCGGUGCUGGCCAAGGUCUUUCGUGAUUCUGCGGCUGGUGAUGAGCAGUCUCCCAUGUUUGUGCCCUAUCUUUGGCCGACGGGCCAUGCAGGACUGCCAAAAGCAUAUUUGCAAAUAUGUGGGAUGGAUACUCUGCGUGAUGAGGGCCUUAUUUACGAACAGGUGCUGAGAGAGAACGGGACUGAGACAAGACUGGAUGUCUAUCCCGGCAUGCCACACAUCUUCUGGGGCAGCUUCCCGAUGCUGAGCCAGGCGAAGAAGGCCGCGGUGGAUUUGGAAGAGGGUAUUAGGUGGUUGUUGUCUUGA